AGACGUCUGACUUCAUCGCGGCUGGAUCUGUACAACAACCUGUAUCUACAUGCAUACAUCAACACCGUGGGCAGACAAUGCCCGAGACAGUUCGCUAUCUGAGCCAACUUUGACCAUCUGAUUAUAUGCCAGAUUGAAAAGGUGGGAUACAACCCGCCCAACAAAUGGGGAACACCCCAUCCAAACCCCCCCAACCUGGCGGGGAUUCCAACGCCAACACCAACUAUCCAGCUACGGCGGGCAGCCAGCAAAAUACAUACAAUGACAGGCGCGUAAAUCGCCGCACCUCCAUUCAGGCCCUCUCAGGCGCAACAGGCACCGGUACUAAAUCUUCCGCCGCCGAUCCGUCCGCCACUCGAGAAAGCGCGACUGGCCAUCCCAUCCCUCAUCGCCAGCAGGGCCCUGUUCACCACUGGCUGCAGUCCCGUAACCUCAGUGACUCCUCACGAUAUGACCACCUCCAACAGCAGCAACCGCAACAUAGAGAUUCCCCAAGAUACCAGCGAGAAACCAGCGAUAAACGUGAACAUCUCCCCACUCGUUACCAGGGGGAACCCUCCCCAGAACCUUCAAAGGCAGUCCGCGUCCCCUUCGCGCCCGACCGGGGUCCGGGUGCUGCCAACAAUACAGGCGCCGGUACCAAUGUAACCAGGCGCCACAAUAUUAGUGUGCAUCGCGAGCAAUACCGCCCCAUAGAACCUUCAGGUCCAACGUCAAGUGCCUACUAUGGUGCCUCCGCACAUCUCUCGCGCCCCCCGCGGCUACCAUUGCCCAUUGGUGAUGCGACGACGGCACCUGGCUCGCCGAUAGUAGCGCCAUCGUCGAUGACUGGGCCGCAUGCGAUUGUACCUGUUCUGAGUGAUAGGGCGGACUUGGAGUUAUCGGGAAGUGGGGAGGGCGUGGAUCGGGCUGGUCGGGCUGGGUUGGGGGAUGAGGACGAGGAAGACGAGAUGAUUGAUGAAUUGGAGGUGGAUGCGGGGAUGGGCGUUGGGAUUGGAGGGCUAGGUGUUAAUAAGGCGGUGACGACGACGAUUGAGUGGCGGGGCAGUGGAGAGAAGGUGUAUGUUACGGGGACAUUUGUGAAUUGGGAGAGGAAGUUUCGAUUGCAUAAGAGCGAAACGGAAGAUGGUGUCAAAACAGCCACCCUCCAACUACGUCCUGGAACCCACCACCUAAAAUUCAUCGUCGACGGGAUAAUGAGCACAUCUGACCAACUCCCCACCGCCGUUGACUUUACUAACCACCUGGUAAACUACAUCGAAGUCAUCCCAGAACCCGAAGAACUCUCGCGCCCCCGUCGCGAAUCCGACCGCGAUCGGCCUCCAAAAUACUCCAUCCCCCCAGGCCUCUAUCCACCCCAGGUGCUCCCGGACACCCUCGAAGUCCACCCGGACCACGACUCAGACCGCGACUACACCUCCGACUCGACCGACACUUCCUCCCAACACCAACAACGACAACAGGAACGGCAGCCGCCCGAGGAAGAAAUCCCACCCGGCGACUUCCGCACCAUUAUCCCGCCCUUCCUAACCGACAUAGACGGCGAGGAAGAGGACGGGCCCCUCUACCAGCAGGCGGCAAAUGUCAUUGGUGACUCGCCAGUGCCCCCUAUGCUGCCGAUACUGCUUUCGCGGUCGAUAUUGAACAUGACGACGCCGAUGAAGGAUGAUAGUAGUGUGCUAAAUAUGCCGAAUCAUACGACAUUGAAUCAUUUGGCGACGAGCAGUAUUAAGAAUGGGGUGUUGGCGACGAGUGUGUCAACGAGGUAUAAGGCGAAGUGCGUUACGACCAUUGUGUAUAAGCCGACUGGAGAUAUCACGGGGUGAAAGUAACCAAGGCUUGAAAUGGAGAUACUUAGGAUGAUGAAUGAUUGAAUAGAAAAGGAAAGGAAAAAUUUUAAAGGAAACAUUGAGCCCAGAAUUAUUUAGUCAGAGAGAGGGGAACAAGAAAAAAAGAAAGGAAAAAAAAAAUACGAAAGGAAAGAGAAGGGCCCGAUUGUUCCUUUCCCUAGUUUUCUCUUGGAAAAUCUAAUAAUACAUACGCAGCUGUGUAGAUAUAUAUACAUACACGGAAAAGCUAGCUAUCAGAUAACGACAGACUAAUGUAGAAUCUCACGUCAAGCAUACUAAAUUCAAGCAAUAAUGGAGCAUAGAGUACAGACUCCUCGUCGUAGUUAGUACCAAAAGGGGGGGAAGGAGAGAAAUCCCCUCAUCCCCUCUUCUCCAGAUAGCCCGUGUUGGAAGAAGAACGGGUUAGCAGUAGUCAGUAACGUAUAUUAGCUGUGGCAUAGUAAAUAGUAGUAUACGUAGAAUGAUGAGGGGGGCCCAUGG